AUGUCAUCACAACCAAAUUCUUCCUUGUUCAACCUCUUGAUCAUUGACUACAAUCAAUCUGAAAAGAGCAAUUGGUACAAGCUCUUUUCCAAUCAUACCACAAAGAAAGGUCAAAAGAUUCAUGUCGAACAAGCGGGAUGGGAAGAAAUUAAACUCGUUGCAAAUAGCGAAUAUGGACCCAUGUUGGAAUUGAAAGGAAAAAACGAUUCCAUCUUCAAACAGCAGAGACAAGAUCGAACAUUGAUUCCACAUUUUGUAUUGGUGAGAAACUUUCCAAGUGCUCUUCAUACAGAGUCCUAUCGAAAUGUAUUAUUAGGAUUAAUGUUUGCAAAUGUUCCAGCAAUGAAUUCUCUCGACUCUAUUUACAUGUGCAGUGAAAAACCUAUUGUUUAUGGUAAAUUGAAGGAAAUUCAAAAAAAGUUAGGUGGAUUUGAUGCCUUUCCUCUAAUUCCACAAAUUUAUUAUCCAAAUAUUAGAACAUGUGAUUGGUUUGAAGAAAAUGAAAAGACUCUUCCACAAGAAUUUCCAGUGGUUUGUAAGAUUGGAACUAUUCAUGCUGGAUUUGGUAAACAAAAAUUGGACACCAAGUCACAAUUUGAUGAUUUCACAACUCUAAUGGCUCUCUAUAAGGAUUAUUUCACAUGUGAACCAUUUUGUAAUGUUGAAUAUGAUUUGAGAUUACAAAAGAUUGGAAAUCACUACAGAGUUUAUCAAAGAAGUAGUGAUUCCUCUUGGAAGAAUAAUUGGGGAGCCAUGAAAUUUAAACCACAUGACACUAUUGAAGAGAGAUACAAAAUAUGGAUGGAUGAAGUUUCUAAAAUGUUUGGUGGUGGACUUGACAUGUUCACUUUGGAUGUCAUGAAAUUGAAAGAUGGUUCAGAGAGAAUUCUUGAGCUCAAUGAUUCAUCAAUGGGAUUGUUGUACGAUUUUGAAGAGGAAGAUAAUGCUCAUAUUGUGGAUCUUGUCAUGAGUAAAAUUAAUCAAAUGUGUGAGUGA